UAGACGGUGCCUCUCCCCCCGGACUUGGACCCUAUUUCCGUCCACCUGCAGUUCUUCCGGCCUCCGACUCCGGCCCUUCUUUGGUCCGGGCUGACAAGAGCAGAGGAGAAGUCGCCGAUUGCCAGAGAGGGGAGAGGAGAGGAAGAAAACAGAGGCUUACUCCUGAAUUUCUUCGUGUCCGGCUCGGGGAUGAGCUUUCCAGACGUUAUCGAUUUGUCCAGUGAUGAAGAAAUCGAAGAAGCGCAUGCGAACGAUGUUAAACCUUUGUUGUCUGCGAAUAGUCUAUCAAAAUGCGAAGAAUAUGCCAUAAAACAAGAAGUCGAGGAGAGGAGAAGUUCGAAUAGUUGCUCCUGCAUAUCAGAACAAGGGAGUUCAUCUGCUAAUGGAUUUGCCUCUCCGCCUGGUUCGCCUGGUUCUCCUGUUCCUCUCUGCCGGCAGUUCUGGAAAUCCGGGGAUUACGAACCCAGACAAGCUUUUGCACAAGUAUCUCAAAGUGGCACAGAUCGUUUGCGGAUCCAUCCCAAGUUUCUGCAUUCAAAUGCAACUUCGCAUAAGUGGGCUUUUGGUGCCAUAGCAGAACUGCUUGAUAAUGCAGUUGAUGAGCUACAAAAUGGAGCUACAUUUGUCGUCAUAGAUAAAUUUAUAAAUCCACGGAAUGGAAACCCUGCUUUACUGAUUCGAGAUGAUGGAGGAGGAAUGGAUCCAGAAUCAUUGCGCCGUUGCAUGAGCUUUGGAUUUUCAGAUAAACAUUCAGAUUCUUCUAUUGGACAGUAUGGAAAUGGUUUCAAGACCAGCACCAUGCGGCUUGGGGCAGAUGUUAUUGUUUUCAGCCGCUGCACUAAGAAAAGGAUCUUGACCCAAAGCAUUGGGCUCCUUUCUUAUACCUUUCUGAGGCAAACAGGUUGCGAUGAUAUAGUAGUACCAGCUGUGGAUUAUGAAUUUGAUCCACAUACUACUUUAUUUGAGAGGCUAUGUCGCCAUAACACCAAGCAAUUUUCUGAUAAUUUGUUGAUGCUGUUAAAAUGGUCUCCAUUUUCAACAGAAGCUGAAUUGUUGAAACAGUUUGAUGAGGUAGGACCCCAUGGUACGAAAAUUAUCGUGUACAAUUUAUGGUUUAAUGAUGAUGGGCAUAUGGAGCUUGAUUUUGAAUCUGAUCCAAAGGAUAUUACUAUCUGUGGAGCACACCGAUCAGUGCAAAAAAAUGGCAAAGGAAGUGUACUUACACAAAAAUAUAUUGCAAAUCGGCUUCAUUAUUCUCUUCGAGCAUACAUAUCCAUCUUGUAUCUACAUUCACCGGAACACUUCAGAAUAAUCUUGCGUGGGCAAGUGGUUGAGCCUCACCAUAUUGCUAAUGAUUUGAUAUAUCGUGAAUGCGUCUUGUAUAAACCACAAGUUGGAGGAGUCAUGGAGGCUGCUGUGAUCACCACGAUUGGAUUUUUGGAAGGUGCUCCAGAUAUCAAUGUUCAUGGAUUCAAUAUCUACCACAAGAAUCGUCUAAUAUUGCCCUUCAAGGGAGUUGCUAAUAAUUCAUAUGGAAAAGGCAGAGGUGUUGUUGGUGUGCUGGAGGCAAAUUUUAUUAAACCGACACAUGAUAAGCAGGAUUUUGAGAAAUCAAACCUUUAUCAGAAACUUGAGACCCGCUUGAAAGAGAUGACAUAUGAGUAUUGGGACCUUCAUUGUCAUUUGGUCGGAUAUGAUAACAAGAAAAAACCUACGACAUCAGGUCCAGCUGCUCCUGGUCACCACAUGCAUCAGUUGAGAACAUCUAGCAGCCUACAACAGGUCAAGAUGAACUCUGGUGCACUAGCUUCCUCUCAACUGUUGCCCAAUCCUAAUGUUUCAGCAAGCAACAGAGUAGUAACUGCUUUGACAGUCCAAAUGAAGUCAACAGCAGGACAAUUCUCCAACUGUGAUGCAGGUGCACAAACCUGGUUACCACUAAAAAGAAAACAUGAAAGCCAUAAUGCUGCAGCAGAUGCAUCAAAAAGGCAAGCCAAGUCUAAUGCAGCUGGGCUUGGAAGUACUCAAAAGCAUGACCGUGGAAUCGGACAGAAGCGAAUGCACGAGAUCAAGACCAUGAUACUGGAAAAUAAGAAGCUACGCAAGCAAUGCUUGGAAUACGAGCUGAUGGAGAAACAGCUUAAGCUCAAGGAACAAAAGUUCAGAAGUGAGCUUCAAGAGGUUCAAGAAUUAUACAAGAAACUCUUGGUGCAACUCAGAUCAUUAGAUGAAGUCAAGGUGGAGAAAUAGUAAUCCAGAGGACUGACCUUUGUUUCAGAUAUGUAUCCACUUUCAUGCAGCACCUGGAGCUUUGCCAAAUAUCGACACUCUUGAUCGAAGCCAUGUAUCAGCAAGGUGAGAAGGAGAUGAAUCGGUCAUCCUUCUGAAAGGGCAUUUUGUAUAUUGACCUGGCAUUUUGAGAUGAUGUUUAUUUGUGAAGAUGAAGUUUACCCUGGGCUUGGGUUAGGUGUAGAGAAGAUAUUCCAUUGGAUGGUGAGAUGAAAGCAACAUGAUCUAUUGGGACUCAUUUCUGUUAGAUGUUGGUGAUUGGGGAUAUUGGAGAGGUCAUCAAUGUGGCAUUGUUGUAUGGAUGCAUGUAACAAAGUAGUGUGAUAUAAAGAGUCAGUUCAUUUCAUUUGUUCCUGUAACUACUAAACAGUAAAUGAACUUUUCUGCCAGGAUGCUACGUUCUAAGUGAAUCCAAAUGACAUCUUUCCUUGUAGCAA